AUGAAUUUUGUAACGAAUGGUGUUGGUACAGUUUUUACUGAAAAAAACGUGAAGAGUGUUAAGUGGAACGAGCAAUUGACAAAAAGUGCUUGUCCACCUCUAUCCCGGCCAUGGAUUCCUACGGCUCCACUGAGUGAAUCACGACCUUCGUGUAUUUUCACGGUGAUGACGUACAACGUUUUGAGUAGCUCUUAUGCCACUCCAACAAUGUACGGAUAUUGCCCAAGGGAGUACCUGGAUUGGCAAGUCCGAGGACAGAAUGUGAUGUCCGAAAUAUAUCAGUAUAACAACGACAUAAUCUGCCUCCAGGAAGUCGAGAUGGAGAAGUAUGAUUACUUCUUCCUUCCCAACCUCCAGAACAUGGGAUACGAGGGAGUCUUUGCUCCGAAUUCACGAGCUUCGACGAUGUCGGAGCCAAAGAGAAGGCUUGUCGAUGGAUGUGCCAUUUUUUGGAAAAUUAAUAAAUUUUCUUUGGAAACGUCAAAGCUUGUAGAGUACAAAGCUCUGGCAUUGCAGGGUCGUGCCGACUCCUCUGACAUGAUGAAUCGUGUCUGGACUCGCGAUAACAUCGGACUGUUAGCUGUAUUAAAGACUACUGCAGCCGCCUGGACUCAUGGACCACCAGUUGAUCCAAAUAACAUUGAGCAGUUGGUUGUGGUGGCUAAUACACACUUACACUGGGACCCCAAAUUUCCGGAUGUAAAACUAUCCAAUCCAUGA